AUGGUGGAGGUUCGUGUCAGCAUGGGCUCUGGCAGCCACUUCGGCAAGCAAGAGGCUCCCGCUGCACAGCUGUGGGGGUAUAAUUUGGUUAUCAAGAUUAUACGAGGAUUUGUGGAAUCCAUAGGCCUCCUUGCGCAUGCGCCGUGGUACCAGACGCUAGCUGCGGGCGACAUUGUUUGGGAUGCUGGGGAAAGGGUGACAUUCAAGGACAUGGCUGUUGUCUUCGCCAAGGAAGAGCUGGCUCUAUUGGAUAAAACCCAGAUAAACCUGUACCAAGAUGUGAUGCUGGAAAACUUCAGGAACCUUCUUCUCAUGAGAGAUGGGAUUAAAAACAACAUUUUGAAUCUUCAGGAAAAGGGGUUAAAUUACCUUUCUCCAGAAGCGCUUCAUUGCUGGCAGAUUUGGAAACAAAGGAUCCAGGAUUUAAGAGUGAGUCAGGAUUAUAUCAUGAACCUUAAAGAACAGUGUUCCCCACAUUUAGAAGGUGUUUCCCUCUGUGAAGAGUGGGCAGGCAUGUCUCUUCAGAUUUCUGAAAACAGAAACUAUGUAGUAAAUGCCAUUAUCAAAAAUCAAGAUAUCACAGCACGGCAAAGCCUGACACAGGUUCUUACCCCAGAAACUUGGAGGAAAGCCAACAUAAUGACCGAGCCCCAGAAAUCUCAGGGAAGAUAUAAGGGAAUUUACGUGGAAGAGAAAUUGUACAGACGUGCUCGGCAUAAUGACAGCCUCAAUUGGACCUCACGUGAUCAUCAUGAGUCCCAAGAACGUAAAGGGGAGGACCCUGGUAGACACCACAACUGUGGGAAAAACUUGAGUAUGAAAUCAACAGUUGAACAACAUCAUGCGGCCCAUGUUUUACCACAGCCUUUCACAUGUAAUAACUGUGGGGUGGCCUUUGCAGAUGAUACAGAUCCUCGUGUCCAUCACAGCACUCACCUAGGAGAAAAAUCUUAUAAAUGUGACCAGCACGGAAAGAACUUAAGUCAGAGCCAAUAUCUUAUCGUUCAUUGUAAAACCCACUCAGGAGAGACUCCCUAUGAAUUCUACGAAUGGCCUACAGGCUGCUAACAGAGCUCAGACCUUCCCAGAUGUCAGAAAUUCCCCUCAGGAGACAAUCCCUACAAAUAUAAAGAAUGUGGCAAGGGCUUCAGGUGCAACUCUUCCCUUCACAACCAUCAUCGAGUCCACACAGGUGAAAUGCCCUACAAAUGCGAUGUAUGUGGGAAAGCGUUUGGAUUUAGGUCACUUUUUUGUAUUCAUCAGGGAGUACACACAGGGAAAAAGCCCUACAAAUGGGAAGAGUGUGGGAAGGGCUUUGAACAGAGCUCCAACCUUCUUAUCCAUCAGAGAGUCCACACUGGAGAGAAGCCUUACAAAUCCAGUGAGUGUGGCAAGUGCUUUAGUUCAAGCUCCGUUCUUCAACUCCACUGGAGGUUUCACACAGGGGAGAAACCUUAUAGGUGUGGUGAGCAUGGAAAGGGCUUCAGCCAAAGUACACAGCUUCACAUUCACCAGAGAGUCCACACAGGGGUGAAACCAUACAAAUGCAAUGUGUGUGCAAAGGAUUUUGCUUAUAGCUCUGUUCUUCACACUGAUCAGAGAGUUCACACUGGAGAAUAACCAUAUAAAUGUGAAGUGUGUGGAAAUUGCUUUAGUUACAGUUCAUAUUUUCACUUCCAUCAAAGUGACCACACCAGAGAGAAACCAUAUAAAUGUGAUGAGUGUGGUAAAGGCUUCAGCUGGAAUUCAGAUCUUCAUGUUCAUCUCAGAGUCCACACAGGACAGAGGCCCUAUAAGUGUAAGGCAUCUGGUAAGGGCUUCAGUCGUAAUUCGCACCUCCUUGCCCAACAGAGAGUGCAUAUAGAUGAGACACAGUACACACAUUGUGAGCAUGGCAAAGACCUUCUGACUCAUCAAAGACUACAUGAGCAGAGAGAAACAUUAUAAACAUAGUAAGCCAGAGUUAAAUUAGGAAAACAGAAGCCACACUGUAUUCCAGAUAAUAGAAGCUUACUCAGCCUGUGGGAGGGCUGGGGGAGCAAAAGACAGGGACACUGCCAUCGAUAAUGUCAGCCCACAGCAUUGGAGUGUGCCAGGCAAGGCUUGUGGAUUUCAAGUACUUCUGUAUGCUACAAUGGCAAAGUAGGUUACUCCUGACAAAUGGGUGGUUUGUGGUAGUGUUUGUAGUUAGAGGUCAAAUUUCCAUUAAAGGGUGUGUCCAGAAAGAAAAUUCUAAUUGGGAUGAUUAUGAUAAGGUCUUCAGUUUAGCCAAAGUCCUUAGUUUUUUUUAGUCCCCAACAGAACAAUACUCUCUGUAUGAAGAACCUUCCAAAGUGUGCUCAGAAAUGA